AUGACUUCAAUGAGCUACUACCUGUUAUCUUUGAGGCGGACGGCAUCGGUGGCUGAAGUGCAACACGAAUUGAAGGCUGAGGGUAUCGCGCCCUUUGUCAAUGCCCGGGCUGUGCAAUGGGUGCAUUUGCCCAUGAGAGCCGACUACAUGCUCGCAAUCGAUUGGGACGUGGUUCUGGGUCUCGGAUCAGGCAUUCAGCUCCCUGAGCGUGUUCUCCAAUUGACAGACGCUCUUCACAAGGUCGAUGUCUGUGUUGCAUCGCCAUCUCCGAUUAACGACAAGCUCCAAUCGACACUCCCCCCGCCACAACUAUCCUUCUAUGAUCGACCACUGAGGGCGCUUUGCACUCAGUUUCACCAAAUCACGCCGAGCAUGCUGGCUUUCGCUGAUCAUCCGCUGUGUCCAAAGGGCCCGAUUUCGAUGCUGAAUUUCGUGUCGUAUCAACCUUUUGCCUUCGCAGAGGGCAGCUACCAAAAGUAUCUCGAAGGUGUCCAAGCUGGUCCGGCGAAAAGAUCUGGCGUCUCUGUCAAAUUCAACGGCUCGCUGACUCCACUCCACGGAGCCAGAGCCACGGGAGAAUGGGAUCUGGUCUUCCUCGCGCAGUAUCCUUCCUUCAAGCACUUUGUCGAUAUGGGAUCCGAUUCAGAGUACCAAGAACUCAACCGGAAGUACCGAAUGCCAGCAUUGCGGGAUCUCUGCAUUCUGAUAACUACAGAAGUCGACCUCGAAUGGACAAUUCCAGGGAGCGAGAAGGUCAAGCCGGAAGUCUCGAAAGGGGUGAUUGAAUCAGCAAAUCAAUAA